ACAAAGCAGCCGAACCAGAUCGAAAUACCUUAAAGGAGAUUUUCAAAUACAGAAACCAGGAGACAAGGGGAGGAGAGAAAAUGAAUGCUUGGGGGAUGUUGACGAUCGCGGUGGCUGUGGCGGUGGCCGUUACCAUCACCUCGGUGGAGGCCCAAUCGGUGCCGUCUUGUGCGCAGAAGCUGAUCCCAUGCGUGGACUAUAUUAACUCUACCACCACCCCGCCCAGCUCCUGCUGUAAUCCGAUCAAAGAAACCGUCGAGACUCAGCUCGCUUGCCUCUGCAAUCUCUACGCCACUCCCGGCUUGCUCGAAAGUUUCAACAUUAACGUUACUCAGGCCGUCGCACUCAGCCGCCGUUGCGGCGUCACGAGCGAUCUCUCCAACUGCAAGGGGAGUGCUCCAUCUCCUUCAUCAACGACAUCGACAACCCCAGCAACUACUGGAAGUGAUAAUGGAGCUGGCAGAGUAGCAUUCACUGGGCUCUCUUUCCUCCUGUUGUUCUGGGCUUCUCUUCUCUUUAACUAGGAAACAUCCACCUAUCUCUGUUGGAGCUUGACAUUUCUACUAGUAUUUCCAUGUCUAUUCUGUUACUAUUACUUGCAUUUAAAUUUUUUUGUAUUGGGUUUGAUUAUUAAAACAUCUGAUUCAUUUGAGCAAAAACUCUAUCUAUUGGCACCUUCCACAUGAA